UAUCUUUGCUUGGGGUGGAAAUGUCAUGUAAUGUGUUGUUAGUUGUGUUUAUAUGCAAAAUAUAUCGGCUAUAGGAGGCAGUAAGCAAUGUGAAAACAAUUGUAGUGCCGUACAAUAAAUUGAGUGUAGAAAAUGGCAGUACAGACAUCUAACGAGCCGUGGAAAGAGUGUUCAAAGUGGUUGGUGAGGUGCGAUGUCUUAAGACCUGAUCACAAAACGAAUUGGUUAGACGCUUCUGUACACGAUUUAGCAUACACACUUAGGGAUGGUGUCCUUCUGUGUAAUUUGCUCAAUACACUGGAGCCAGGAUGCAUUGAUAUUAAAGAUGUUAACCGGAAGCCUCAGAUGGCACAGUUUUUGUGCCUUCGAAACAUUAAAACCUUCCUGCAGACUUGUCAGGACUGUUUUGGUUUGAAGGAAAGUGAUUUAUUUGAGCCGUCCCAGUUAUUCGACCUCACUGAUUUUUACCAAGUGCUGAAUACUUUGUCAAAAUUAUCUAAUUGUCCUAAAGUCCAAAGGAAAAACAUUAUUGGAUUCUCAAUACAUCGAAACCGCAGUGUCUCCCAAGAAGAUAUUUACAAACAUUUACAAACUAACAAUACCUCUGUCAUACCAACAGUUAGUAAUAUUAGUGGGGAAAGCAGUGACCGCAGCUGGAUGCAAUUCACAAUAAAAUGUACUUAUUUUGAAGACAAGGAAGAAGCAAUCUAUGAGGAUCUUUGCUAUGUAACAAUCUCUUCUUCACCUCCAGAGAUACCUGCGACUGUCACACACAGUUUUGAGAAACGUGAUUAUAUAAUAAAUGAGUUAGUAGAAACAGAGAAGAACUAUGUUGAAGUCCUGGCCACUGUACAGCGUUGUUUUAUGAGACCACUGAGUGGUGUUCUCACAGGCCAUGAUUCAAAAAUAAUAUUUGGAAGCAUAAAGGAUUUAGCUGAGAUUCAUGCUGGAUUCCACAGCCAGUUACGCAAAGCAAUAACUCCUGGCACCAGUAAUCGUCUCAGUGAUGUGUUUUUAAACUGGAGAGAGAAAUUUCUUGUAUAUGGUGAAUACUGCGCUAACUUAACAAAAGCACAGAACCAUAUUCAAGAUCUGUGUCACCGCAAUCAUGCUAUCGAUCAGGAAGUAAUUAAAUGUGAGCAAGAAGCAAACAAAGGGAAGUUUAAACUACGAGAUAUACUGUCUGUGCCAAUGCAGCGUAUCUUGAAAUAUCCCUUACUUCUGGAGAAACUUAUAAGUGAAACACAAAUUAAUCAUGAAGAUUACAGAGGACUGGAAAGAGCAAAGGAAGCUAUGGUUGAUGUAGCUCAGUAUAUAAAUGAAGUUAAAAGGGACAGUGAUACCUUGAAUAUCGUCCAAGAUAUACAGGAUAGUAUAUCAGACUUGAAUUUGCCAGAAAAUAAGUCGUUGAAAGAUUAUGGUCGCUUGUUGUAUGAUGGGGAAAUGCGAAUUAAGGCUCAUGAUGACCAGAAAGUGAAAUGCAGAUAUGUUUUCAUCUUUGAUAAAAUAAUACUGCUGUGCAAGCAAAUUAAGUCAACACGGGGUGACCUUUAUGCUUUUAGGGAGUACCUUUACUUAAGUGAGUACAAAGUUGAAAACACUAUUAACCGUGCUAUCCUACGGAAAGAUUCAAGGUGGAAUUACCAGUGGUUUCUUGUUAAAAAAGGUGAACAUACUGCCUUUACUAUGUACGCUCGCACAGAUGAUGCUAAAAGGAAGUGCAUAAAAGCAAUUGAGGAAGCGUUGGAUAAUAUUGAGCCAAGCGUUUGCAAAAGCACAGACCAUAAAUUUCUAAUGCACUCAUUUGAUCGACCAUCAUCGUGCAAUCAUUGUAGUAAAUUUUUGAAAGGAAUGAUUUUUCAGGGUUACAGAUGCGAGAAAUGUCAAAUAGCAAUUCACAAAUCAUGCAUACCAUUCUCUGGUCGAUGUGGUGUGAGGAGCCAACCACCUGACUUUCCUCCGAGACCACCUGUCUCAAGGACUAUCCCGCCUCUUCCUAAUGGAGAAACUGUGUGUUGGAAUGACCACAGAAAGCUGGAGGAAUACCUCUGGUUUGUUGGUGAAAUGGGUCGAGAACGUGCAACUGCACUGUUGGCGCAAGAAGUGGAUGGAACAUAUUUGUUGCGUAUCAGGCCACAGCUGUCAUCAAGGACAAAUGACACUGUAUAUGCAUUGAGUCUGAAAACAGAUGAUAAAGUGAAACACAUGAAGGUAUAUGAGAAAAUUACAGAGAAUGGAAAACAGUAUUUUCUAUCAGAGUCUAGGUUUUUUAAGAGCAUUGUUGAACUAAUAACAUGCUAUGAGACUUCCAGCCUUGUGGAAAAUUUUUCAGGAUUAGAUGUAUGCUUAAUGUGGCCUUAUCGCCGGAUAAUUGCUGUAGCUGAAUAUGAUUACAAUCCAACUGAACAGAAUCAACUGCCAUUGAAACGUGGGUGCCAGGUGAUAGUAUUAAGUAAGGAAGGAGAUUUUCGUGGAUGGUGGAAAGGAAAAGUCCACGAUAAGGUUGGCUUCUUCCCAAAAAAUUAUGUUCGUGAACUUCCAAAUGCAUACAACCACAACUUUACAUGAGGCAGCUGAUUUUCUCAAAGGAUUUUUUCCUUGAACCAGUUCUGAUGAAUGGUGGCAGUUAGUUCUCCAUUCCAUUAACUAGGAUUGCUGCAGAAUAUGGACAGUAGGCAGAAAUUAUAGAGGUAGAAGGUGGUUUUUACUAUCCACCUGUUUGCAGGUUACUGUGUAUUAUUUGGUAGUAUAUCAUCCAUCAGGAAGGAUUCUGUGACUCAUUUAAAGUACUGGGUCAAGUAUUUCAUGUAGAUGAACUUCUUCUCAGAAGUAAAAAGAUAAUUCAACAAACACUCAUAUGUGUGUUGUAAUCAUUUGUGUAUUGUAAUCAUUUGUGUGUUGUAAUCAGUUUGUGUAAAAUAUAGAGCAUAGAGUAAAUGUGAGUGAAAACUAGAAACUACUGAAGAUUGUGAGUAAAAAUGUUGAAUAUAUAUAAAGAUUGAAUCUCUUGAACCAAGAAUUUUGAGACAUUCAAUGUGUGUAUGGUCUAUUUAAUGUUUGCUUGUAUUACUUUGGUGCAUUUAAUGAUUUUACAAAAAACAAAAGCAUUUAAUGAUUUUGCAUCAGGUCAAUAUUUAAUGUCUCUGUGUGGAUGGCGUAUUAUAUGAGAGGAUAUGUUUGCUAUUUGUAGUAUUCCAUUACCUGAAUUGUGUGGAAGUGUGUAGCAACAUUAGGAACAAAAAAUGUGUGGAAGUGUGUUGAUUGAUGUGUAGAUGGACAGUGUCCAUAAGUUCCACAGCUGCUAAAAAUUAAGCUGCUGAUUCUAUGACUGAUAACUAUCAAAUGAAAAAAUGAACAUGUUUUUGUGUAUGUUAAAAUUUCUAAUUAUCUUAAUGCAUGGUUGAUGUAUUUUACCUAGUAUCUUGGGUAGUUUGCUCUAUAUAAUACUGUUGUGUGCAAACACUCAUAUUAGUGAAUGAAGUGAACAGACAGAAGGGCAGGUGGAUGCCACACAGUUAUAAAAGGUGUGGACAUGAAUUUUCAUUUUGUAAAGGUGUGCUGUUGGUAAUUCUCAGUUGUUUCUUUGGUUCCUUGUGUUAGUGUUGACUUGUACAUAACUGCAAAUGGAAAAAAAACUCUGAGUCAAAUGAACCUCUCUUUACUGUUUCUACUUUGCCAGCUACUCUAAGCCUUUUAUAUCUGAUUAUGCUAUGAUAUAUUUCUAUGUCUUACAUGGAAUAAGCAGGCCAUUAUUUAAGUAUGAUUUUUUUUCUAUUUUCUAUUAUAUCCUUCCCAAACAUGGAUCCAGUCUUGUGAAUAUGUUUUCACCAUUUCAGAAGUGUAUACAUGUGACAUUAAAACUAAAAUGUUGGCUAUGUUCUGCUGUAUGUAACAUAAAGUAUACUAGAAAUGACUCUUUAGUUAAUACUGUAAAGGGAAAUGAUCCACAUGUUCCAGUGUAUUCCUUCUUUAUCACUCAAAUGUGAAGACACCCAUAAGAUAACAGUUAAAAAGGGCUCCAAACCACAUGAGAUUAAAUGUCUAUUGGGAAGCACUUCAUGCUGUCUUUGUAAAAUGCUAAGUUAAUCAAAAGCAUACUUUUGUUGGUCAUUGGAAGUGAAAAUUACUGAACAAAUUGUUGUUGGCACAUGUGUUAAGAGAUCUUUCACUCACCUGCUGAGAUAUGGGAGGUGUUUGCAAGCACACGCCAUAAGGAAGUUCUCCAUUCAUUUUGAUUAACUUGUGUCAGAAGUCAAGCCAAGCCAUAUUUUUGUUCUGUACUAGAUUAUCUCUGAUGUUAACAGAUGCAAGUGAUUACUGCAUUAUAUAGUCGCUGAAUGUGUUGCAAGUUGCCAACACCUAUAAUAAAAUGUACUGCAAAUGAGACACUCAUUGGAAACUUAUUAUCGGUGUGUGCAUACAUUAUUCAAAUAGAACUUCAUCUAAAAGUUGAAAGAGGAAAUUAUUGAAAGUCUCCUUUUUUCCCAAUUAUGUAAGUACUAUACUCAAAAAUAUUUUACUGUAGACUAGAGUAUUAUUUGUUGACUAGGUUACUUCCACUAGCAGAUAACUUCAUACACAAUCCCUACUCCUAAAAUUCACACAGUACUGAUUGAUGGAGCUCAGUACAACAUUCUAAAAUUAUUAUUUCAUCUCAGCUCCUGUGGUUUUAUCUUUUCGAAUACUGGCUAUUCAUCCAUUUGUAAUCCUAGUCUGUAAUGUGCACAUAUCAAAUCCCAUCCAUCAGAUUGUUUAUGCAGGAACAAUGAAACUGGCACCAGUAAUCAGAAAUGUGUUUUUACAUGUUGUUCUUCAUAAAUAAAUUUUACCAUGAUUUUCUCUGUGCAUCUUAGUCUUGCAUAUGGUGAUCUUGUGAUUAAAUAUAGUAGUUUGAGCUUUACAAUAUUGUAAAGUUCUAGGGGGAAUACAAACUAUGAAAGGAGUAAAAGUAACUGCUCAUUGUGUAAUUUAAGACAUUGAUUGGUAAACAGGCUCAUAAGCAAGCCCACCCUGGUGAUGUAUUGUGUCCCUUCUCUUCACCCCCUCCUUCCCUCCCCUUGUAGUUCUCACUUCACCUGGGCUACAGUACCAGGACUCUGUAGCCAUCUGGCUCCGCAUGUGUGUUUGUCUGUGUGUGUUUUAGAGAGAGAAAGGGAGGGAAACUUACUGAACUACACACACACACCUGCGCACAUGCACCCACUCAUACACUUUUACGCUGUCUGAGCAUUGCAGCCCACUGUGGGUGAGAAAUUGUGGCCUUUCCCUUCACCAAUCCCCACUCUUCCCUCAUUGUUCCUCUCACUCUACCUGACAAAACCUUUCACCUCAGGUGGGCUACAGAAUAAGCAAUGUGUAACCAUCUGGCUGUGUGUGUGUGGGGGGGGGGGGGGGGGGGAGUUUUUAGCAAUGUUUUUGACAGCUCAACACCUCACCUCAACUAUAUAAUGAGAGGUUACCUCUACUUCUUCCACUACUUGUAGUUUUUCAUUUUUGGCAGUUUUCAUAUCUGUUAUCAUGGUGUUGGUAUGGGAUAUAUUUAUGAUAUUUCACAUUUACUUAACUGGUCUACAUAUGUGCUAUUACCUUAUAAUUAGACAGUAUUACAGUUAAGUUUUAUUUACCCUCGAUGUUUCUAUAUCUGCAUCUUCACUUUUGCAUCAUUGUUUAGUUUGGGUGACCGUAAAUCAUGCAGUGCAACAUCCUUUUCUGUCAACUCACUCAAUCAUCAGUUACGAUGUUCUUGCCACUUCCCUUAUCAGUUUCUUCACCUUACUGGUUCUUCAUUUCUUUACAAUUACAUAAGUGGAUAUCCCACCAAAUAGUGUCCUGGCUCUUCCAUUUGUUUUAACCUCAAAAUAGAAAAUAAUCUUGGAGGUUAUAUUUUUUGCUCUUCCCAUUACCUUUAUACAUGUCAGUGAGUACUGCCAUAUCUUCAUUUGUCAGACAGUGUAGGCUUUACUCUAUGUACUGGCAUUUUGUUUAAAAAAAGGGUUUUCAUAGUGUAUUUAUUUGAGACUGAUAGCUGUCAUGUUCAUUACCUGAUUAUGGCUAAAAAGCAUUUGUUUACACUUGCACAGUUUAACAAAGAAGAAUUAUAAUAUAUCAGAUAUAUCAGAAGUACUCAUGAUUAGCACGCUCUCAGUAUGUUUUUAGAGGUCAGUGCCAUGGGAGAGUAACAUAAUGGUCAUAAAUUUUUCAACUUAGAUCUUUAAGUAUCUAUGAAAUAUUUCACCCACCAAUGUGUUGAUUUUAAGUAUCUUAAGUGUUUAGCACUUCCUUUCAGUUAACCUUAACAGUUCAUUGACUACAUACAAAUGAAAUUCCAUUACUAUAUGAUAUCUCUAAAUUUGUUCAGACAUGAACUACAGUGACACUUGUGUAAGUUUUGAAUGUAUUAUGGAUAUGAAUUUUAAGACAAAAUGCUAUAUUAUAAAAGAAACUUCUAUUUUACUGUAAGUUGUUCAGUGUCCUGCCAUCAUGUAGUCUAAUAAUCGGCCUAGGCUCUUAACCACCAAACACUAAACAUUGAAGGUAAACUAACUAAUAAUUGCAUUUUUGAUAUUGUAUGAUAUUCUGAAUCUGAUACUCUUCUAUGAAAAUGAAAAUCUGUAAAAUAAUUAGCAGUAUAUUCAUACUGUAAAUUUAUCUAAUUGGAAAUGAAAUUAAAGUGAAAAGUAGUCUCAGAGUGAUUUUUUCAAUAGUUUUAGAUAUUCAUUUUCACAUUUUGGCUUUCCAUUUCAGUUUAAGUAAAUAGGGUUAUUAGUGUUGGAAAAUUAUAUAUGCUUAAGCUUGACAUGUUUCUUGGAUUUGUAAUUCUAACUACAUAAGAUAAAAUAUCAGUUUAAGCAGUACAGUUGAACAUUCAGCACCUAGCAGAAGUUACUCAUUAUAUUAAUUUUGUGUGGUAUUUUCACAAUGACAUUUUAAUCAGGGCUUUUUUUAUUCUUGCUAGUGGUCUUUAUCCUUUUUUUUAUUGUUGUAAAAAUAUAAUAUAAUGAAUUUUGUCCUCACAGUUAUUUAAGAAACACAUGUAACUCUGCACAGAACUUUGGACUUAAUCAAAUUCUUAUUAUUGAAGUAAUCAAAUUGUUAUUGUUGGAGUUUAUAACUGUUUAAUAAAUAUGAAGAACUGUUGAUAGAAUUAAAAUGUAUGAAGAGGUAUAACUUUGAACAUUUUAACUGUCAUAUAAUGUUCUCAUUCACUGUUGUUAAAGAACAGUUAGUCUUGCUGGACUUUUCUGACACAUUUGUGUACACUCUUUCUGACGAUUUGAAGCAGAGUUGCAGCUUCCGACCAUCUGACUGUUACCAUCCAUUAGUAUCUAGUGAGUUAACCAUUGUCAGUAAGUUAUUAUUAAAAGGUUAAUCAAUGACAAUGUUUCACUGACUGUGAUAAAAAUAAAUAGUCUGUAGCUGUAAUGUGUACAAAAAGUUGAUCAUUACUUUGUAAGAGUUACUAUUUCAACAGCAUAAUAAGACCCAUAACUUCCCAAGUGACAUCUACACCGUCCCAUCUUGACACAAAGAAAAAUUUCAUGAUUGACACAUACCAUAAUUUUUGUCAUUGUAUCUGAUACAUCUAUGGAAUACUACAAUAAGUAUAACGGAGUUCAUGUCAUUCUGUUCAACAACAUUAUUUUCUAGGAAAUAAUGUACUAUGCUACAUGUAGUAACAGCCCACACUAUUAGCUAAAUGUCUCAGUACUGAGAAACAUAAAACGCUAUAGUUUCAAGCAAAUAGACGAAGAAUUGGUGAUUAUUUCUAAAUGAAUGCCAGUGCUAUUUGCAUUGUACCAUUUGAUAUUCUGGCAGUUGCACGAUAUUGUCAUCCUAUUUCAGUUUCGUAACAGUUUUAUAAUGUGUGUGUUAAAGCCUCUCUAAUAUAUCAGCAGCGUAUGUAAUCUUUGUAAAUAAUAGAUGUGUUUAUUGCCUUGCAUUAUGUUUAUGAAAGGACAUUCUGGUUGAAACAGUAACUUUAAAAUCAGUUUCACUACUGAAAUGGAGGUAAUUUUGUCACACCACACAGUAACUCUCUCCCCCCCCCCCCCCCCUCACCCACCCACCCAUUGAUUCACACCUCUCUCCGUGUGGGUGGGUGGGAGGGGGGGGGGGCGGAUUAUGUACUUCUUCCUAACUGCUCCACCAGCAUCAUGUGCUUUGCUUGUAGUACAGUCUGCCAUUUCAUGAUUUGUCGCUACAUUUUGUGGGCGGUACCCAGACAGUUGUCAAAUGACCAAGCUAAGAGAGGAAGUUAUUUUAAAUUUCCGGGAACUGUAGCCAUAUCUCCACAUUCUGAGUGAAAUGAUCCAUAGUGGGUGCAAAAUACUUUCAGCUCAACUGAAGACACAUCCUCAGGUGAUAGAUAUUCUAUUUAGCAACUCAUAGCGGAAAGGUAACUGUCUUAGAGCCACUCUUGAUGUGAAUGCUGGGGAGUGAGUAUAAGGCAGCUGCCAUUCUGCUAUAAGUUGCUAAUUAGAAUCUCUUAUCACCUGAGAAAGCAUCUUCAAUUGUUGUAAAACUGGUCGUGACUCUAAAUAAAAGUAUUUUACAGCCACUGUGGAUCAUUUCAUUCAAAAUAAGGGAGGAAGAUCAUGUGCACCAUCUGCAUCUUAUGUGACCUUUGUUUAGUGUGUUAUCAUAUAUGAUCUGUUUGUGUAUCAUGUUUUCUGAGAUGAAGACUAUUAACCAGACAUGCAUUUGCUUAAAUAAUGAUAGGGAACUGCCUAAAAACCACACUAAAGGUGGCCAUUGGAACACCGAACAUAUGGUUAUUAAUCUACAACAUGAAUUCAGUCUUGGUCCAGCUCACCUCCCUUCUUGUAACAUAGAAUGCUAUGCAUUAAACUAUGUCUGAAGGUCCUUCCCAUGGGUGGGUAUAGUUGUAAAAAUGAAGUUCUCAAAAGAAUAGUAGUUUGAGAAUUGAAAAAUGGGACUAUGAGUUGUAUAGUGCUCUCACACAAUCAUCUGGUCAAAUAGCGCAAAUUAUAGUAUGUGCUUAUAAAACCAGAUUAUUUUUGACACUUGUUUCUGUAUUCAUUCUGAGCAAAUCUUGAAUUUCACAUUCCAUUUAUACAGUAGAAUGGAAAUCAAAAUUUCACCAUAACUGUUAUUGAAAACAAGCAAACAACUCCCAUCACAAAGUCUGGUUUGUUACUGAUCAUGCUGGAUAAAUUCUCUAUGCAUUGCUGUUUUUACAAGUGCCUAGCCCAUAAAGCCAUAUGUAGAGUUUAGAAACUGUGAUUCGAAUUUUUAUAGUAAAUGGAAUGCUUCAUUCACUGAUAAAAACACUGGGCAAAAUGCAGUGAUUAUGCACUUAGUUGUUUCAAGACUGAAACAACUGGUUCUGUUAUCUAGGUUGCAGAAUGGAGUCUGGAAUCUGGACUAUGCUAUGUAAUAUUCAUUCUUUUGGCAGCUGUACCCGACAAAUCCUCUAUCACCAGUAUUAGAUGUGCAUAAAUUAUAAAUGUCACGCACCCAAGGGUUUACAACCAUGGAGCACAUUCCAGAAAUUAUCUGUUACAUUUUAUCAUUGUGAAAAAUGUUUAUUGUUUGCAGUUUCUCAUUAUUUUAAUAAUAUAUUCAGGAUAUUUUCUAGCAUCUGCUAAUUUUGUUGGAAAAAUGGGGCGCACAUAGCUAAAAUAAUCUUUGUAUUUGGUGAAUUUAUGCUUAAAUACAGUCAUUCUGCCAGUAUAGGUUGUAAACACCUAAAAUCAAAAUAUGUUACUGUCAUGUGUUGUACUGAAAUUUUCUGCAUGUUAAUUAAUGUUUGUAAAAAGCAUACUCUGGAUAAAAUGCUCCUUUUGAAGUCAUUAGACACUCUUAACAGGACUUACUGCAAAUAGAUUUAUUUUGCUUUUUCGAAUAAUGCAUUUCACUUCAUAGUGAAACUUGCAGUCUAGAUUCAAAUUCAGAAUCGUUUCCUUUCAGUUCAUUACAGAAAAGAAGCCACAUGGAAAUAUAUUUUUGUGCUUAUUCUGCGGUAAAAUUACCUCCAUGCAUUAGUAAUUAUUGUAUUUAUUCCAGCAGGAAGUUUUAUAAUAAUUUUCUCAAUUUCUUAAUAAUUGCUUGUAGAGAAUGUGUGGCAGCUGUUCCUGUACACCGAUGACAUAUCAUGUUAUUUAUGGUAUGGUGGAAAUUUGUUUCACUUUAUUGCCCCAUUAUCUUAAAAAUCUUGUAGUUCAUGCAAAAUAUUGUUUUUAAACAGGAUUGAAAUUAUGCUACACAACAUAAAGGCACUCAGAGUGUCCUGCUGGAAAGACUGUUAAAUAACAAUUUGCAGAUGUUUCAAACACAUAUGUGAAUUUUUAGGUAACAAAAUGUGCCAAAGCAAAUUUAUCAAAAUAUUAAUGUUUAUUGAAUACAUAUCUUGUACAAAUUAUUUUGUAAUUAGCAUAAAAUGAUGUGCUGUUUGUAUAAUUACUCCACAGUAUUUGUAUAUCAUAAUUCACUCACUGCAAAUAAAAUGAUCAUCUGGGUAAUAGUACUACAACUGAUCAGUUUGAUAUUUUUUGUACACAAUGAAUUUUAAUACCAGUUUGAUUUAAGAGUAGACUAUUUUUGAGUGACUUACUAAAGUCCAUAUUUGUAAGGGACAAUGCAGUCAAAAGGUGCAAAAUACUUUGUAAUACAGAUUUGUAAAUAUCUUAGUUCUUUGUUAUACAUGUACCUGUGUCAGAGUAUAUAUGGAACUGCUUAAGGGUGUGAGUGCUGCAGUGAAAAAUUCAACACUGAUGCCAUUAAAAUUUCUUCAUACAUUUCACAAGAAAAAAAUAGGAUUUAAUGUUGAAGAUACUACUGUCUAGAGGAAAAUUCCUUGUAUUUCAUAAUAUAGACUGCAUCUCUCUAUAAAUUGUUAUAGCGGAGUAACAGUGUUGUUAGGUAUACUUACAACUCUUGCAAUUUCUGGAAGCCAUUGUUCAUAAUCAUAGAUCGACUUACAUUUUAUGAUUACUGUUGUGAACAACAAAAUUAUUUUAACUUUACAUACAGAUACAUUGCCUUUCUCUGUUAUUAUCUUGCCAUAUUUAAGACAUUUGUUUGCUUUUUGGCCUUUCUACUAAACAAGAAGCACUAAUUAGUGACAGAGAAAGUAUCUUAAUCAUUAAAUAUAUUUCCUUAUUAUGUUAAAAUCAAAGUAAACUUGCCAGUUACAGAUGACAGGAACAAGUACUUGUAGAAAAUUUCUUUAAACCUCUAUUUUUACUUUGUAAUAAUUCCAGACCUUCUAUCAAACACUGAUUCUGCAAUCACCUGUGGUUAUUAAUCAAUUUUUGUGUAUCUUAACUUCCAUUUUAAUUUAUAUUCUUCAAAAUUGUUGUAUCACUUGUAGAAACUGCUAGAUGUACUUAAAACUGUCAUACUAAAGUACGUGGAGUUCAUAAAUACUAAGUCUAUUUAUCAUGUUAUGUUGUACAUAGCUGAGUUAUUUGAAUGAGCAGAACUGUUCAUGACUAUAUUACUGUUAUAAAUUAUUGUCUAAGAAAUAUUGCUGUCAGGCUAAGUCGUCUUUAUGAGAGUUACUGUACACCAUUGAAAUCAUAUGUUAUAAUUGAUGGUUUGACUAGAAUUUUGCAGUUUCUUUUAGUUGAUUUUCCCUGUUAAACAUGAAAAUAUGUAGCUCUUCAUGUUAUGAUUAGGUAUUUCAGUUAAUUACAUAUAAUUUCAGUGGAUCAACUUCAUUUUACACAAUUUGAUUAAAUAUAGUGUGUAUUUCCUUGUGAAUUUAUAUAAACUUUAUCUAAAUGAAACUGGAACUGUAUUUCAUAGUAACCAUCUGCUGAAAUAAAAUUUUAAGUGUUAUAUGAAAAUGUUUUGUCUUUUCUGUCAUAGUGUAAUUCAUCAAGAAAAUAAACUCAUUUGAAGAGAU